AGAGGCUGGACCUGCUGAUUUCUCUGAUUAGUGCUUGAUAAGUGUCUCAUUAACCAAAGCAGCUGCUGGAGGUAAAAUGGUCUCCAUCAACAGUUUUCCAGGUUUAUUUUUGGCUGCUUUUUCAUGCAUUUGUUGAAGCAGAAUUACAGGCUUUCCACUUUACCAGAAUAUUUUCUGAAUAUUGUCAACAAAUCAUCAAUAACUCGUACAUUUCCAUGUUUCCAUGAAAAUGUCUGCAUGUGAUUCAAACAUUUGUCCCCCGAGAAAAAUAAACUCCAUGGAAUAAAUGUUGUCCAGCUACGAGAAAACUUAAGAUCUGUGAUUAAGAUAUUUGAGGCAAAUUUACAUUUUUUAAUGAAUUUAAGACUUUCUAAGGCCUUAACUUUCUUAUAAAUGAAUUUGAGACUCUUUCUGCUUGUGCUCCAAAGGUUGAAGAACUGCUUCUAAUUUCACCAACUGCAUUUUGAGAAGUUUCUAGGUGUUUCAGGGAGAAGUUAAGAAACUUUAGACACAUUUAAAUCCAAACAUUCUGCGUUUGCAUCCAUCAUAGUUCAGUGGCAGGUCUGUGCUGAAACACGAUGAGAAAAUGUCCUCGUUUAUCGGAGCGUUUAACCCGAUGGGCCCUCCAGGAGACGGAUGGUCGUGACCCCAGUCAGAGUGGGACAGUCCUACUCCUACAGCCCCGGACAGCACAACCAGCAGGACCUGUACGACGUCCCGCCCAGCAGAUCACAGGGGGUGUACGAUAUUCCUCCUGGCCAGAUGUUCCCGGGUCAGCAGGCUGCAGCCAGGAACCAAGGGAUCUACGACGUUCCUCCGUCCCAGACGGAGCCCCGAACACAAGGCGUUUAUGACAUUCCUCCUUCCUCCCAAGGGAUCUACUCGGUGCCGCCCUGCAGGACCAACGCUGACCUCCAGGAGGGAAACUACGACUUCCCACAGCCUCUCAAGCACAAACAGGAAGGCAUCUACGACGUCCCGCCUGCCAUUCUGACCAAACAGUCUCACAGCUCCCAGUCUCACAGCUCCCAGUCUCACAGCUCCCAGUCUCAUUACGAUUUCCCACCCACCGUCGAGCCCCAUCACCAUCACCCAAACACCAACGGCAACGAGGGCAUCUACGACGUUCCUCCGUCCGCCCUCCACGCCGGAGCGGACUCUCAGCAGGACGUUUACGACUUCCCACGAGGCUCACAGCCGCUCCAAAAUAAAGGCUCUGCCGACCGGGACGCAAGCAAAGGAAUCUAUGACAUUCCUGCUCAGGACGCUCGCACUGUAGCGGACGUGACGGAUGGUGUGAACCGCCUAUCGUUCUCCAGCACCGCCAGCUCGCGCAGCAGCAUGUCCACCUCCUCGUCUUCCACGGGCUGCGGCUCGGAGGGACGCCUCUUCCUGGACGUGGACGCCGGGGUGCAGAGGCUGUACCGCCUGCAGCAAGGCGUGGAGCUUUCUCUGGGGGCUUUGCACUCAAUGGCGUCUUCCUCCCACUGGAGGACUUUUCCCUACAUGGAGCGGCACGCCAACGACGUACGCAUGGUGCUGGACAAAGUCCGAGCGUCUCUGGUGGACUUCAUUGCGUUUGGUAGAGGAGCCGCGGCGAACGCAUCGUCUCUGUCGGACUCCAGCCUGCACAGCAAGCUGAGGCGUCAGCUGGCGCGGCUGGAGGACUCGCAGCAGAUCCUGGUGCAGACGUACCAAGCUCUGGAGAGCUGCAGCUGGGCUCUGAACGCCCUGGCUUCCUCCAGGCAGCACCACAACAAGAGCGACGACCUGGACCGCUUCGUCAUGGUGUCCAGGACCGUUUCUGACGACACCAAGCAGCUGGUCUCUACGAUAGGCAGCAAUGCCGAGCUGCUCUUCAGGCGGACGCACGCCGACGGUCCGCUCUCCGCCGGCAGCACACCGGAGGAGAACCGGCUCGCCUCGCUGCCAUCCGACUCGGACAACUACAACGGACAGACCAAAGCCUUCCCUGUCCAACCCAACCAGGACAAGGACAACAUGAACCACAGCGAGAAGUGUGUGAAGAGCUGGAUGGAGGACUACGAUUACGUCCAUCUGCAGGGUAAAGAGGACUUUGAGCGUCAGCAGAAGGAGCUGCUGGAGAAGGAGAACAUCAUCAAGCAGACUGCAGUUCAGCUGGGCCAGGAGCAGAUCAACCAGUUUAAGAAGCUGGAGCAGGAAGUGAUCAAACCCGUGGAGAAUGACAUCACCCAGUGGACGUCCCCCACUCCCUCAGACUCCUCCUCCGCCCAGGUCUGCGCCCGCGACCGCCAGCUGCUCGGCUUCUACUCCGCUCAGUGUGAGCAGCACUUCUCCACCCUGCUCAGCGCCGUCGACGCCUUCUUCGCCUGCGUCGGCGCCGGCCAGCCUCCCCGCAUCUUCGUCGCGCACAGCAAGUUUGUCAUCCUCAGCGCGCACAAGCUGGUGUUCAUUGGGGACACGCUGUCCAGGCAGGCGUCCGCCCCAGAGGUGGCCAACCGCGUGAUGAACUCCAGCAACGUGCUGUGCGACCUGCUGAAGACGGUGGUGGCGGCCACCAAGACGGCCGCCCUGAACUACCCCAACACGGCGGCCAUCCAGGACAUGGUGGACCGGGUGGCCGACCUGUCGCACCACGCCCAGCAGUUCAAGGAGCAGCUGCUGCAGAUGGCUGCUCUGUGACGUCCCUCCAGCAUUCGUACACCAACCUGCACAACCUACAAAUAUAUAUGCAUAUAUUUAUAUGUAUAUGUUGCUCCCCAUCGUUCUCUGUAAAUAGUCCGUUGUGUAAAUAUCGGCUGUUUCUGUGUAGAUAGUUUUAUAUUUUGGUCUCGAUAUAAACGUAGCUGCAGUCCUGGUGUGUCUUUAGGAUCUGGUGGACAUUUUUCAGAACAUUCCUGUUGCAUUUGAAGCACCUUAUGUUUGUUUCCAUCUUCUGGUGAGGAUCUGGUUGUUGUGUUGCUGCAUUUCUCUGUUAAUCGUGUUUGUCUGUGGAACUCGCCACACAGUAAACGGCUCUUCUAACGCAGGAACCCGCGUCGUCUUUCCUGAUGUAACGGAAUCUCAUUAAACAGAUAUUCCUUUCUCAGCUC